CAGAAAGCAACCUCUGCCCAGGACGUUGCUGAGGAUAGGAUGAUGGCCAGACCAUACUGUGUGGUAGUCGCCCUAUUGCUGCUGGCAGAGGUCUCUGGGUUCAAAGAAGGGGCAUCCAAUCCUGGGUUCGUGGCCAGAAUCACCAGAAAAGGCCUGGAAUAUGCCCGCCGAUUCGGAGUAGCCAUCCUGAAGAAGGAGCUGUCCACAAUCAAGUUGUCUGAUUUCUCAGGAAGCUUCAAAGUCGGCUGGAUUAAAAGUGUGAGCUAUGACUUUUACAGACUGAAGAUCCAUUGCUUUGAGCUCAGGAACUCGGAUUUGAGGCUACGCCCAAGGCAGGGGGUCAGAGCCUCCCUGUCCAAUAACUACGUGUUUGUCAGUGGGAACUGGAAGGUGAAAAAGGCUUUCAUCACCCUAGAUGGUACUUUCGAUGUGAAUGUGGAUGGCAUUUCCAUCUCAGUCUCUCUGAACUUGGGCAAGGACCAGUCUGGACGGCCCACUGCCUCCGUGUCCCACUGCCACAACUCCAUUGGCCACAUCAGUGUUGACAUUUCCGGACAGCUAAGCUGGAUCCUGAACCUCUUCCAUGAAAGAAUUGAAAACAAUUUCAAAAAUAUCUUGGAACAAAAGAUCUGCGAAAUGGUCAGGAAGUCAACCACCUCUCACCUGGAGCCCUAUCUCCGGACUCUGCCAGUUAUCUCAAUGAUUGAUCAGGUUGCCGGCAUUGACUACAGUUUAGUAGGUGCUCCCCAAGUGACUUCUCAAGUCCUAGACAUACCCUUCAAGGGUGAAUUCUUUGGCCAAAACUGGCACUCCCCAGCCCCCUUCGAUGCUCCGCCAAUCAGGCUGCCCGAGAAACACGACCACAUGGUCUACUUUGCUGUCUCUGAAUAUGUCUUCAACACAGCCAGCCAGGUUUACCACCAGGCUGGGCGCAUGAACUUCACCAUCCAAAACCACCACAUUCCGGGGGACUCUCCAAUCCACCUGCACACCAGUUCAUUCCGGGCCAUUAUUCCUCAGCUGGCCAGGUUGUACCCCAAUAUGGAGCUAGAGCUUGAGACGUCACCCGCAUCAGCUCCAUUCCUGACGUUCACCCCUGGGAGUGUGACCUUCACGCCAGUGAUAGACAUCCAGGUCUUUGCUCUCCUGCCCACCUCCUCUGACCGCAAGCCACUCUUUCAGCUCAGGGUGGUAAGUCUGAUCUCUGGGUUACAUCUGCCAUUGGGUAAGCCCCUCUCUCCACUGAAGGAGUGGGAGACUGAUGAUGCUGGAGACUACUUCUGCCUGCCCGCAGAGUGAGGGAAACUUGCAUUCCUGGCAAGAACAGCCAGGCUUCCCAAGAACAUACUUAAUCAAAUCAUACACUGUCAGAGUUGCAAGAAAGUCAUUCACUCCAGCUAAG